AUGGACCGGGGCCUGGCUGACCGAGGGCAGCUGGUCAACAACCACCUCUUCACCUUCGACCAGGUCUUCGAUCAAGACGCCCUUCAGACUGACGUGUAUGCGAGCACGGCGCGGGCAUCUGUGGUGUCGGCGCUUGAAGGCUACAACGCCACCGUGCUGGCGUACGGUCCGACGGGCACAGGCAAGACAUUCACCAUGGAG